CGGAUGCUUUGUGAAACUUUAAAAAUGUUGCAUAUCUGCUUCUCUCCCUGCACUAGGAGAAGCCUCCUUAGGCACCAAGACACUGCAGCCGCAGGAUCCAGCCUCCGACAAAGCUCGUGCUGACCACCAUGUCGGAAAAACCGAAGGUCUAUCAAGGUGUCCGUGUGAAGAUCACAGUAAAGGAGCUGCUGCAGCAGAGAAGGGCACACCAGGCGGCCUCGGAGGCGACCCUGUCGGGAGGCAGCAGUAUCCAUCGAACAGAGCCAGUCACAACAUCCUCUGCAGGACUGUGUAUUGAACCUGGACAAAUUUCUUCCACGCCCAGUUAUUUUCAACCCCGAGAUUUCUCCAGCUGUGCUUCUUAUGAAGAAAAUCCAAGCUGCCUGGACCAGAUCUUCAAUUCCUGCCUUCAGACAGAGACCCUCUCGGAACCUUUGCUCCAUUCCACGCAAAGUGCUCCACACUAUUGCCCAGACAGUUUCCAGGCUGCCCCUUCCCGCUUUAACCAGAACCUGAUUCCGGGAUCACCUUCGGAUUCCUGCACUCUCUCUGGCUCCUUAGACUACAGUUACUCGCCAGCUCAGCUGCCUUCCUACACACCUGAGAACUUCAGUUCUUCUGCUUCGGUGGACACCAGACACUGCGGUUACCCCUCCGAAGACUGUGCCUACCAUCCCUCGCCCUCCAGUGCCCAGUAUAAGUGCUUCCCCGCAGCCGCGUCGGUGUGCUGCUGUGCCUCCUGCGAGGCGGAGCACUUGGAUGCCUUCAGGACAGCGGAGUACUUUUCCUACCCGAGCGCAGACUGCGUGGACUUUGCCUCCUCGGCAGCAGCUACCAGUGAUUUCUAUACCAGGGAAACAAACUGCGACAUCUGCUAUAGUUAAUAGAAACUCCGCUUUUUCGGGACGUGGCAUGAGUACAUCUGUUUUUGUGCCACAUCUAGAUGACGCUUCCAAAUAGGCCUUGCAUUAAGAAAACAUCACAAGUACAGUUUGCCUAUCACUACAUCCAGUUUUUUGACACUAAUUUAGGUUUCACUGGCAGGUCUUCAAACCUGGUUAUGCUGUCUCUAUUACUUGCUC